UAGACGAAAAAAUAUAUAGGAAGAAAAGAACUAUAUUCUUUUUUUAGUAAAAAACUAUAAACUUACACCCAUACCAUAUUAAAUUAAAGUUAAACGAUGGCUUCUCUGCGUUUUCCAUUCUUGUUUUCUCAGCCCCAAAAUCCACCGUAUUCCGCCACGUCAUCUCGCUCCUUCUCCACCGUCGCUGCCGUAGCCGCCGGUGGCUCAGCCGUAGCUGCCGCCGGAGCAAUCAUAGCUAUAACUCAAAGUCCCAAAAAUCCAUUUCUUGAAAAUGCUAUGAAUUUUAUAAUUUCGAAUUUCUCACCUAACAGAAAUAAUUCAUCGCCUUUGUGGGGUUCUGUUUCUUUAGCUGAUAAUUCAGGUCCAGUAACUGAAUCGAGGACUGGAUCGUCAUUUCCAUCGAUUCUGAAAGAUUCUCAAAGACUACUUGGAAUUGGGCUGCGUCAAAAAACUGUUUUUGGGUUGAAAAACAUUGAUGUCUAUGCUUAUGGUGUGUACGCUGAUGAUGGUGAUGUGAAGAAGUGUCUGGCUGAAACGCAUGAAGGGCACUCUGUUUCUGAACCGAAGCAAAAGGAAGAGUUGAGAAAUCAUCUCAUGGAAAGUGAUAUACGCAUGACUGUUAGGCUUCAAAUAGUCUAUGGCAGACUAAGCAUUAAUUCUGUGCGCAAGGCUUUCGAAGAAUCUAUUGGCAGCAGAUUACAUAAGUUUGCGGGAUAUGAUAACAAGGAAUUGCUCAAAAGGUUCACUUCCCAGUUUAAAGAUGAAAUUAAAUUACCUCAGGGAUCUAUAAUAGAACUCUCCAGAGACCAUGACCACAUACUUCACACAACAAUUAAUGGAAAGGAACUGGGAAGCAUACAAAGCAAACUCUUAUGCAGAUCAAUUCUAGACCUAUAUAUUGGUGAUGAGUCAUUUGAUCGCAAAGCAAACGAAGAUGUCGAGUCGAACUUGGCUUCUCUACUUCACAAGUAGCUACUUCAGCAUAAAGAUACUUUAUCAACAUGAAGAAUCACGUUGUGGUGAUAUUAUCUGGUUACAACUGUUAUAAUAACUCGUGUUAGGUGCUAUUGGCUUGUUGUUUCUCUUUAAAUAGUUGAAAUAGAGAUUGAGUCUCUAGCAAACAGAAUGUAGACCUAUAUUUUAUAUGCUGAUGAUUUGUUUCUCUACUCAUGUAAUAUCCUUCUCUGGAAUUUUUAGAGCAGAAUUGAAAUAAGUAUCUUGGCUUGGUUACCAAUA